AUGGCCCUUCCCGAGCCUUGGCACGGCCCGGUCCGUUCGCCUCCCGCGAGCUCCGGGGCCGCGGCGGGUCCCGGGCCGGGCCGCGGCUCCUCCGGCGCGGGGUCACUGCCGGGCUGCGGGGCCGAGCGGGGGGACCCGUCCGGCCGCGCGCCCCCCGCGCGGUGCCCAGGGGCUCCCGCCCCGCUCCCCCCCCGCGGGGCCUCUGCCCCCGAGCCCCGUCCUUUCCCCCGCCCGCAUCCCUGUCGCCCCUGCUCUGACCCUACCCUUGUCCCCACAGCCGCCAAGGCCAAGGGCAAGGGCGCGCCCAAGGAGGCGCUGAAGGGGCCGGAGGUGUGCACGGACCCCACCAUGCUCGCCACCCACGCCAUGGGGGUCAACUACUUCAAGGAGGGCCCGGAGGUGGCCCUGAAGCCCGACUCCGAGUACCCCGACUGGCUCUUUAAGAUCCACCUUGGGCCCCCCAAGAAGCUGGAGGAGCUGGACCCUGACACGCUCGAGUACUGGAGGCGGCUGCGGAAAUACAACACGUGGCAGCGCAACAAGUUGAAGAAGGGCAAGAAGUUUUAGGUGCUGCCAAGCUCAGGGCUGCCCCACGCACCAGCACAGGUGGCACUGGGACCCGCUCCUGCUUUUGGUCGCUUGAUGUAAACAGGAAAUAAAUCUGGGAUGAGACUGA